CCCCGAGCCCGAAAGCUCCCGAGCCUCGGUUCUCCGCCUCCUCCUGUCCGAAAGUGCCCGAGCGCCACCGGACUGACUAAUCGCGCCUCGGCCGCGGCUCGGACGUCCGCUCCCGAAACGCGGCGCGGUCGGGCCUCUUCGCCAGAAGAGACGAAAAUGGCCGAAGGGGCGCGAGUGCGCGGGCGGAGAGGCUGCCGGGAUCGCGGCGGACCAGGGGGCGGGGCUGGCAAGAUGGCGGCCGCGAGGCGAGGGAGAGGCUCUGCCAUGGUGCUCUCUUCAGUUCCCCUUCAAAUGCUGUUUUAUCUCAGUGGAAUGUACUACGCCCUUUAUUUCCUGGCCACUCUCCUGAUGAUUAUGUAUAAAAGUCAGGUGUUCAGCUACCCUCCCGCCUACCUGGCUCUCGACCUGACCCUGCUGUUUCUGAUGGGGAUUCUGGAAGGAAUUCGGUUACACUUGGGCACCAGGGGCAACCUGACGGAGGCCGAGGGGCCGCUGGCCGCCAGCCUGGCUCUCACCGUGGGCACCGCCCUCCUCUCUGCCCACUUCCUGCUCUGGCAGACCCUGGUGCUGUGGGCGGACUCGGCCCUCAGCGCAGCGCUGCUGGCGCUCCACAGUCUGGAGGCCGUCCUGCAGGUGGUCGCCAUCGCCGCCUUCGUCAGGUAGACUCAGGCGCCCGGGCAGCCCCGGCCGGAUCUCCAGCCGUCAGCUGCCCCGUUGCCGAACGGGAGGGGCAUUUUCCCUACCGGUAGACGGUUUUGGAUGGUUCACCUAUCGAUUUUGGGUGAGGGCAGGACCCAGGGCAGCACAAGCUGCCGGGGGCCCAGGUGUCGGGAACAGCAGCAGGGAGGGGUCAGGGACCGCCCAGGGCAGUCUCGGAGGUGAACCCCAGUGCACCUGCCCGAGCCUGCCGCAGUCGGGGGUCUGUCUUCAGCAGCUGGGCCCUCACGGAGCCUGGGCUGAGAGGGAGCACAGAGCCCUUGGGAAAGGAGGCCUCCAGGGUCACGUCCUCCUCCCUCGCAUUCGUGUCGAGCGAGGCCAGGCCCCUCCAGGACUUCCUGCUGGAGCUGCAGGCAGGUGGGCCUUCGGCCGAGAGCCCCUCAGCGCCAGCUGGCAGCCUCGGUGGAACCCAGCACUCUGGUUUCCAAAGGAAAAUAAAUGCCAACAUGCAGGCACUCUGGUGUUUGGGAUGUUUUCACCUCAGCAGGAGGCAGAGUGGGGGCACUGGGCUGGGGGCACACAGCUCCUGCAUAAAUUUCGGAGGCUCGGUCCGCUAAAACUUGA